AAAUUGUUCACAUUUGGAUGACCAAAACCCCCUUUUCUGUCAUUAUAUUUUUAGUAAAGAAUACAAUUUAUUAAAAAUAAAUAUACAAAAAUAAAUUAGAAUCUCUGUAUUUUAUUUUAAGGUGUUGAAUUUAAAUAUUUCUUAUGUAGUUAUUGAGUGUUAGAACUAUGUUAGUGUUAGUACUAAGUAAAGUAAUCAUUAUCAUUAAUCAGUACUAAAGACUAAAGUAGGCAGGAGCUAAAACCUCACUGGCCUUGCCAUAUUGCUAGGACCACUACUAAUGCCUAGAAACUAUGAAAGUAAUUAGUUAAGUUAGGCGGUAUUUGGCCAGUCCUAGUUUCUGUGAGUGUGAACAUAUUGUAAUGUCAAUGUGGUUCUCUUACUAACUUACUACUAAAUCUUACUCAUUUUACCAGUGUACUGUGUUGGUAAAUAAUUUUUUUAUUUUUUUUAUUUUUGUAUUGUAUUUUAAUUUCUUAAUUAAUUUAAUGAUUUGGCAAACAUGUUUGUAACUAUGAAAAUGAUAAAUUCAUAAGUAACAUAAAAUAACUUAUAAACCUUUAUUAUGCCUAAGCUUUAUUAAUAACUUGAAACUUAACUUAAUUACUAAAACUAAAAGAAAAAUGUGCUGAACCAUUUUGACUCACUAAAGUCAAAGAGCAAUGUAUUAAAUAAUUAUAAAUGCUAAAACUAAACCUACUUUACUUGAAUAAAUAACUGCACAUGAUUUUCAUGAGAGGCCAAGGUCAAAACUAUCUCUCAUUGCCAGGUUUUCAUUUGUGAUGCCUAUAACUCUCAUACCUUCUUAUGUUAUUACAUUUAUCAUAAAUUUUCUGACCAAUCAAUACUUAUAAUUUAAAUAUUACACUUUUUUAUUUUUUAAAUUCAUUUAUAUAUUGAUAUGCCAAAAUGCCAAAGUUACAAGAGUAUUAAGUGUCUGACAUUGAUGAUGUUAGUAUCAUAAGCCUAAAAUCCAUUAGAGUAAAAAUUACCAUCUAGAUCUAUAAAUUAAAUAAUAAAUCAGAUUUGUGUUAGCAAGUCUACAUAUAGAAAAAAAUGAUAAUUAAAGUGAUUAUAUUUUUCAACAUUCCCAGAAAAAGUUAAUUACUGUCCAUUGUUUAAAAGGUAUCUUAUGGUAAAAUGAACGAUGAUAAGAUUCCUAAUUUCAUCCUGCCUGUGAAAGUAGUAUCCGAGAGGGUGGCAAAAUGGUGAAAAUCUAAAGUAGGCAUAAGCGCGGGAAUCGAAAAAUUAUAGGAGCCGCUGAACAUUGAUACAGUGGAUGAAAUAUUGCUUAAAUACUGCUACUACUGAGUACUAUUGAAGCAAUAUCUAGAUACUUCACUUAUGAAAAGAAAUGGCAACAUUAUUACGAUCAUUCCUGCACAAAAUUGCUGGAUAUUUUUACAGCAUUGGAGAUAUAAAUAUGCUAUUUUUGGACUGUCAGAUAGAGUUAAAACUUUUCACUGCGCUUGCCUUUGCUGAGAAAUAAGAUAAGCGAAAUGGAAAUAAGACAAGCAAGUCAUCACUUCCAAAAGUACAGACAAGCCGGACAGCGAGAGAAAAGUAUGGACCAUUACAGAUGCAAAAAUUAGUAUGGACAAGGGGGUCGAAUAUACAAAUCGUCCAUACUAAAUACAGACGUCUGGUAACCCUACAUUUUAAAAUAUGCAAAUGUAGGAGCUGUCCCUAUCUGUAUAUCUGUAGUCAUGUUUUACUUCUACUUCUAUGCAUCAUAAAAAGGGGUGGAUGGAGGCAGAGGGGAAAUGUGUGAAUUUGCUGAAGUCAGAAUAGCAUAAUAAUUUAAUGUAUACUUUACUUAUUUAAUCUCAAACCUUAGUGAAGUUUUAACAUUCUCACUUAAUAUGUUACAUCUAAUAAUAUUCUACAAUUAAUUAUUUUUUUCUUCUAAUUUUUAGUUUUAAAAGAUUUUUAAAGCCAAACUACAACAGCUGAAUUGGAGGGCUUCAUAUAAUUUCCAUUCAGGUAGGCAACAAAAACAUUAACUGAUAGAUCAGUGGUUCUCAACCUUCUAAGUGCCGCGACCCAUUAAUACAGUUUCUCGUGUCAUGGCGACCCCCAGCCACACAAUUAUUUUUGUUGCUACUUCAUAGCUGUAAGGAUAUGUGUUUUCAGUUGGUCUUAGGCAACCCUGGAAAAGGGUCGCGCGACCCCCAAAGGGGUCGUGACCCACAGGUUGAGAACCGCUGUGAUAGAUGAUACAUUUAUUAUUAAUGUUUUUAAGGUAGUCCAGGGGUCAAUUUUUUUUUUUCUAUGUUUCUUAAUUUAAAAAAAAAAAAUAAUACAAAAAAAAAAUAAAAAAAAAAAAAAAAAAAAAAAACCAAAAAAAAAUAAUUUAAAAAAAAAAAUGGGGUCGUGACCCACAGGUUGAGAACCGCUGUGAUAGAUGAUACAUUUAUUAUUAAUGUUUUUAAGGUAGUCCAGGGGUCAAAUUUUUUUUUUCUAUGUUUCUUAAUUUAAAAAAAAAAAUAGUGCAAACAAACCAUACACAAACAGAAAGACAAAAAAACCCCACAAAAGUUCAUUUAAAAAAAAAAAUGUUUGACUUUUAUUGCAAAAAAUUGAAAAUUUUAUACCAAUUUUGACUUUUACACAAAAUGAAUAAAAACUUAUUUAUAUUGCAAUAUCAUAAUGAAACUUUGCUUACAUAUUAAGAAUAACAUUGACAAAAAGUUUAAAGAAGCUUAAUACACUGCAGUUAUUGGAAGUGUUACAAAUGGCAUGUAUAUGGGGUAACAUAAAUCUUCGAGAAAUUUUUAGGGGUAGCAAAUGUAAAAAUUGUAUAAAACUUUUCUAGUUUUAUAUAUAUAAAAAGCCUCUUGUAUUUUGUAAAGAAUAUUAAUUAAAAGAAGCAUGCAAAGUUUGAAGCCUGUUGCUAGAAUACUUUUCCUCCUGAUUCAUUUGGCGUUCCUAAAAAAUCCAGAAAACGCAAAAUUGAGAAAAAUGAAAAAGAAGUAUAAAAAUGUUUUUUUUUUAAAUUACAGGCUGCAUGAACGAUAUAGGAUGCUUACACCAAGUACAUAUAACAUUCAUGAAUUAAAAGAACAAUGUGAAAACAUAGACAAAAGUGAUAGAAAAAAAAUUAAAACAAUUACAAAUAAAAUAUAUAAAUAAAAAAUUCUGACAAAUUUUCCUAUGAGACAUUUGUUAAAAAACCAUCCAUCUUUAAGUAAAGAAUGUCAAUAUAAAUAAGCAUGCAAAGUUUCAAUUAUGUAGUUUCAAAACUAUUCCUCCUGAUUCAAUUGACGUCAGAAAAAAAUUGAAAACGCCAAGUCGAUAAAAGCUGAAAAGACCCUGAAUAAUGCUUAUUAAAAAAAUUAAAGGUUACUUGAACAAUAUUGGAUGGAUGCAUACAUCAUGAACACAUUCCACUCAUUAAUUUAAAAAAACAAAUUAAAGUUUAUGUGUAAAGUAUGAAUUGCCUGUCAGAAGGUUUCAUGAAUAUGUAUAAAGUUUAAAAUUUUUUAUAACAUUCUAUUUAAUAUUCCAAAAUGUUUAUUUUAUAAGUUGUUUUUUCAUGCUAAAUUCUUACAUCAUAUACUAUGUUGAAUUUUUUGUAUUUUAUUUUCAGAUCUUUUUGUCAAAUUACAAGACAAAGAAAAUGUCAGACAUAUUCUCAACAGUCUUUAGCUUUGAAACAGCAUGCUCAGAAUUAGAUAUAGAGAAAUCUGAAUACAUAACUAAUAUGCUGGAAAGAGAGAAAGAAAAUCAAGUUCAGUAAGUAAUCAUUUUCAGUCAUUAUUAAAACAGAGUUUGCCUUGAAAGAGUUGGAUUUUUUUUAUAUAAGAUCAUUGAAAACUCUAGGAAAAAAAAGAGAAAUGUAAUCAUAAUUUGGAUGCCAAUAAAUAUAAAGGUUUGACUGUAAGCUAUUGGUCCACUUGAAAGCUUUAUAGCAGUCCAACCCCUCUUAUAAUUAGCAAAUUUUACAGUAUAACCUGAAAAAAUUCUGAAAAUUUCUCAUUUGUCUUGAUAAUACUCUCUGUAUACUAAUCUCUGGAAUUUAAAAACAUUUUAAAUACCUGCAUGUUCAAAAUAAGAGUCAAUGUGCCAACACAUUUUUGUCAUCCCUACACUAUUAGGUAAUUUUUAAUGACAUUUAAUAUGAUUAAUUAAAAUGAAUUUCACUUUAUAGCUUCUUUGAAAAAGUUUAAAGGUUGAAUGUGUGUUUUGAGCAUUUUAAAUGAGCCCAUUGGAGAAAUCUUAAUGUUGUGUUGUUUUUGCCUUUCUCUUCUCACCCCAAAAUGGCCCAAAAUAUAAACAUAAGUAAAUUUUGUUGUGAAUUAAUGACAAUGUGGACACAAAGGUGUGAUUUCAAAAUUUGGGUUGAUUUUCUUUUUACACAGACGUAAAAAAGAAGGCAAGUAAGUAUAUUUGGUGCUUAAUUGGCAAGCCCUCGUUGAAUUGCAUGUUUUAAAACUGUUGUGCUUCCCCCCCCCCCCCCCGAAAAAAAAAAUUCCUGCCAUCGCUAUGUUUUAAGUGUGCUCCUUGCUUAUCUGUUUCCUUUUCAGCUUUGUGUUUGAUGGUUUGAAAUGCAUGAGAAUUAAUAUGUUGGUUUUCCUCAUGACAUCAUGUCAGGCACAUGUACACUAUAAUUGCACAAUACCUUUCUUAUUUAAUCUCCAUGUAUCACUUGUUGCUUUUCGACAGGUACCUUUUAUCUAACAAUAGUAUAGUUAGCAUGAGGACUACUUAUUCUAAGGUAUUAAAUAAUCAAUCCAAAGUCAUGCAAAGUUUUGUAUUAGAUUUGAUGUUUAAGAAAAAAUUUUCCCUGAAUCUGAUUUUAAUUGAAAAACAACAUAAUUGAUAAUGGAAAGACAAACUUCUAUUGAGUUUAAAUAUUAAAAUUGAAAUAAUGCAUCCUAUUUCAGAGAUUUGAGGGGGUUGACUGUGCCACAGCCCUAAUUCAAUCAAUAAGUUUGUAGUAUUGAGUAAGGUGGAUGAAAGUCAUGAAAAUAAAUUCAAAUUUGACAUCAUGAAAUUUCUUUCAAUUUCACAAGAAAUUAAUUUAUUGACAGGCUUGUUAUUUUUUCUGUAAAUGAAUGGAAUAUUUUUAAUUUCAUCCUAAUUAUUAAUUGGGUUUCUUUUCAAGUUUACAAUUACCAAAUUUUAAUUGCAUUCGUUUACUACUUUUACACAUAAUACUAUAAAAUUAUGAAAGUAAAUACAUGUAAAAAUUUGAAUACUUACUUUUGCUUUUAUUAAAUAUGGCAGUACUCAAUGGUAAUUAUAUUUGAAACUCUCUUAGGGAUCUCAGCCCAAUAUAAUAUGAUGCCAGAUAAAUGUUUUAAACAAAUGUACAUUCUACUACAGUAAAUGAGAAACACUUUUUGGUUGAAGGCUGUUAAAAUUAAUACAAAUGGUUCUUUAUUUGUGGGUACUUUGAAAAUAAAAAAAUAAUUUUUAACAGUGUACUAUUUCAUAAACAGUUCAGUGAAUUUGCUUCAAGUGUCUUUAAGAAUAUAACAACUUGAAGGUUUCUAUUAUUAAUCUAUUACUAAUCAUAUUGAAGUGGGUUUCUGAUUAUUUCAUUAUUGUUUAUGAAUUAAUACCUGCAUUAAGUACAAUUUCUAUCAAAUUUCACUGAAGUAAUAUAUAUGGCUUGAUGCAUUUGGUCGAGGAAAAGUUAGUAUGAAUAAAUGGCAUACACAAGUUUUAUUAUAAUAUAUUAUAAUAUAUGUUUUCUUUUUUUGUUUCUUCUAAAAACUAACUUUUCGUUUAAAAAAAAAAAAUUCAGUUUAAAUUAAACAGGAUGCUUUAUGAUUCAGUCCUCUCCCUUAUAAAGUAGAAAUGACUGAAGCACACAAUCUCUUGGUUCUAUCUCAUGUUAUCUGUUCUGUUUUCUUUGUUUGCGUCUGUCCAUAAUUUCUUACUUUCUGGGCUAGACAAGACCUUAUGAAAACAACCUCAAAACCAAUUGAUGUUAGCUCAAAUUAUGUUAGAGCCUUGCCAAAGCACUACACGAGCAGUGCCCCCUCUCUACAGAGAUCACGAUUUGAGAACUUGGCAAGCUUUAAAAUUCUAAUUUGACCCAGAGUUAAAGAGGCAAGAGUUACUAACAUUGAGGAGGGGGAAAAAAUCCACUUUUAACUUUUAAGGCUGGUGAAAACUGUGCUAUGCUUCAUCAACCAUUCCAGUCCAUGAUGACAUUGUGUAUGGCUGCCACUGUUGGGGAUCAUGAAAUGGCACAGUUUUAGUACAUCUUGAGAAUUAAAAGAUUAAAUGCAAAAUAGAGUAUUUGGUGUUGUGUUUUUUCUAAGUCUCCCCUAUAGGUGAUUAGUAAAAAAUUACAUUUGAGUUUCAGCUCUUUCCAGAUUAUUUUUAGUGUUACUUAGUUUUUAUUAAUUUAUAUUUAUAUUACCAAGAGAAACACGCUGAAGUUAUUUCUUUGAUUGCUCCCUAGAGAGGUCCAAGAAAACAUGCAUCUUUACCUUGCUGGAGACCACCCGCAGCUCUCUGUUGCUAGAAUUACAGAUGAUGAUUGCCUCGUCCUUUAUAAAACACUCGAAGCCAAUAAGUUUGUGAGGAGCAUUGAUCUGCGUUAUAACACCAUCACAGACAAAGGAGCCAUUGUAGUUGGUAGACUUUUAGAGGUGAGAAAAUGUAUACACACAUGCAAAAAAGCUUCUAUUCCUUGAAGUUUUAAAAUUCAGCUAAACAAGAUAGCAAAUAGUGUAAAGCAUAUGUGUCAUGAUAUUUUAGCUUCAUUGGUGUUACAAAAUAAUAAUUUUGUGGAAUCAGUGUUCUCAAUUAUAAUUCAUGCAAUUUCAAAUGAACCAGCAAGAUGACUAAAGCUAGUUUUGCAAAGAGAACUGUUUUAGUCCCACGCCACAUUGACUGCUGUCAUCCAGCAUAAGUGGAUUUAGGUUUUUUCCCUCAGGGCUUUUCUCCUCCCCAAGAGUAGCUGCCUUUCUUGGCCAUUGACUCCAACACCAUUUGGGUUAUUGACCCAUAGCUGGGGGGAAAGCCCAGGACAAGAAGAUAGUAACAACCUGGUCAAAGGGCUGACAGUCUUACCCUUCAACCAUGGGGCACAUAUUUGAAUGUUUAAAAAAUAUUUUGAGAGGACAACCAUUUUGAGUUUAGUUGACUUGAAUAAUUUAGUUGGAAUACUAAGUUUAAGGCUAGGGACGUGCACUAUUUUUUUAAAAGGCGUAUUAAUAUUCGCUAGCUCUCUGAAGGCUGAUAAAACUAAAUAAUUAAAAAUAUCUUUGGGAAAACUACUGAAAGAAAAUUCCUCUUCAUUGUCUUUUUAGAUUAUGCAGAAAUGUAUUGUACAGAUUGAUAUUAAUUAUAUGAAACAAAUGCUUAAUUAUAUUACAGAUAGAAGGACAGUUUGCAAAUAAGGCUGCCAUAAAAUUCCUUACCUUCUUAUAUUUAUGUUAACAUUAACAAUUUCAGGUCAACAAGACUAUUGAAGAAAUCAACAUCAUGUGCAAUGAUUUCGGAGGUGAUGGAGCCACAGCCUUAGCCAAAGCUUUGCUGGUAGGUGGACUGCAUAAGAUGUUUGUUUUAUUGUGUAUGUUUUAAAUCAGCCCUCUGACGACAGGUGGACUAGAUGAGAUGUUAAUUGUGUAUGUUUUAAAUCAGCCCUCUGACAACAGGUGGACUAGAUGAGAUGUUAAUUGUGUAUGUUUUAAAUUAGCCCUCUGACGACAGGUGGACUAGAUGAGAUGUUAAUUGUGUAUGUUUUAUAGCAGCCCUUAAUGAUGAUAGGUGGACUAGAUGAGAUUUUUGUUCUGUAUCCAUUAUAGUCUCCUGGUGUUAGGCUGAUUUCUCUGUGAGCUUGUACAUAGUAGGCCUAUAUCAUUCUAUUCCUGCCAUCACCAAUUAUUUAUAAAUGAGUCUACUACUUUAUUUAGAUGCAGCAGUAGUAGAAAAUGAUUUUACUGCAUUAAUCCUUGUAAUCUAUUUUUAUGGAGAGCUUGAAGCCAUUGUCAAGUGCCCUUUUAGCCAUGUUUAUGGAGAGCUUGAUGCCAUUAUCAAAUGUAGUUUUAGUCAUGUUUAUGGAGAGCUUGAUGCCAUUAUCAAGUGCCCUUUUAGCUAUGUUUAUGGAGAGCUUGAAGCCAUUGUCAAGUGCCCUUUUAGCCAUGUUUAUGGAGAGCUUGAUGCCAUUAUCAAGUGCCUUUUUUAGCUAUGUUUAGGGAGAGCUUGAUGCCAUUAUCAUGUGCCCUUUUAGCUAUGUUUAUGGAGAGCUUGAAGCCAUUGUCAAGUGCCCUUUUAGCCAUGUUUAUGUAGAGCUUGAUGCCAUUAUCAAGUGCCCUUUUAGCUAUGUUUAUGGAGAGCUUGAAGCCAUUGUCAAGUGCCCUUUUAGCCAUGUUUAUGGAGAGCUUGAUGCCAUUAUCAAGUGCCUUUUUUAGCUAUGUUUAUGGAGAGCUUGAUGCCAUUAUCAAGUGCCCUGUAAUUUACCUGCUUUAGACAAACGUGAUUUAAUCAGAAAUGUGUUUUAAUUUUUAUAAAGAAAGAUAGAGAUCAUAUUAAUUUUGCCCAGCUUUUUUUCUUUGCCAUGCAUAGCUCCUCUAUAUAUUGUACAUACAUCCCGUUUAUUUGUAUUCCAUUCCACAUAAUAUAUCCAGGGACAAACAAAAUAUUAAAUUAAAUAGUGUUGCGAGUGAGGUUGGAUGAUUUUUGGUUGCUACUUCUCCAUUUUUUUCUGUUUUUAGCCACACUAAAAUAGAAUUAGAAAUAUAUGGAGCGGUAUGCCCUUUGGGAGAAACAGAAAUUUAUUAAUUUUUUUAAAAUAUUGUCUCUUUACAGACUUUCCGUGUGUUGUUAGUCUGCAUAGAGCCACACAUUUUUUAAAAAUUCAUAAAAAUUGCUUAAUUUAACCAAAUUUAAUGCAUUGUUGGUGUUAAUUUUUUGAAAAUCUUGUCUCUUUGCAGACUAACAACACACUAAAAGUGUUACGUCUCAAUGGAAACAAGAUUGGCAAUAAGGGAGGCAUGAGCUUUGCACAAGCUCUUCAAGUCAACACAACAUUGGAAAACCUUGACAUUGGGGAUGCAGACCUAGUAGGUCAAAUACGGGAUUAAGAUUUUUAGUUGAAAAUCAAAAAAAGGAGAUAGUGAAUAUAUUUAUUUAAGGUGUCGAAUUUGUGGUCAGUUCUUAGGACCUUUGGUGGCUGUUACGACCUUUAUUUAAUAACUUGAGACCUUCAUCAAAUGUCGGGGCCUCCUUACGUUGUCUCCAGUUAAGAACUUCUCAAUACUUGACAUGUUAGGAUCUUCGUCCUUACCCUUCAACACUUCCCGCAGUAGUUAUGUUUACUGCACAGUCAGCAGACUCCACGUUGUCUAGGGGUUUACAACACUUUCUUAAUAUCUAUAUAUAUACAUCACAACUCCAGCAUGGAAAUACAACAGUUCUUUAUUUACAGGAUCCAAUAGCAAUUCAGGGUGACAAAGUUCAAUGGCAAUAAUACUAACUCUCUAACUACUCUCUCGGCUGGAAUCUGACACAUCAGCACAACUAACUCUUGACUGACAACUUUUGACGACUAACAAUUCUUCCCUUACUCUUCUACCUUUCUUCUGACCUCUGGCUAACACACAUCCCUUUUAUAUUACCCCACAAACAACUCAGUCUACACUAACGUUCCACACCACGGACUAACUUCACGCUCUGAUCUCACGAUCAACAACUCACAAAACACUCUCACGAUCCACAACUCCCCCUGCCCAACAUUCACAACAAUCUAGUUCACAACAGUGGCGUUGUUCAAGCCUAAGGAUACAUGCCUGGCAUCACAGGUUAGAUGGUUAAACAAAAUAGUAGAACAAAACAAAUGCCUUUUAAAAUCCAGAACUCAAAUUCGUUUAUCUUUAUUUAAUUAUCAAAUCUUAGAACACAUAUUUUUCAAUUUAAUUUUUUUUUUGUGUUCAUUAACCAAAAAAACAAAAACUUUUUUCUCUUUUCAAAAAAAUGAACUAAAUGCAGACCAUUGAGUGCCUCAUUGCACUGGCCACUGUGCUCAGAGAGAAUAAAACCUUAAAAGCCCUGAAUGUCAACAGACCGUUGUUGUGGACAGUCCAAGAAGAGCCCACAGAUCAUUUCACACGAAUGAUUAAAGUAAUUUCAUUUUUUUUCUAUUUUUUUUUUUUAUGUCUUCAUUGCUCAUUGGUUUUAUUUCUUCACCAUGCUGCAGUUCUCCAUGGGCAAUUUUACUGAGUUAAAAAUAGUUUUGGCUUUUUUCACCUGUUGAUUUUUAAAAAAAAAAAAUUUAUUAAUUGAGCAGGGAUCAUGUCUGUCUAUGUGCAAGUAUUAUUACUCCCUAAAAUGAUUUUUGGUUGACAGGUAAACAAAGGACUUAAGGAACUUCAUAUGCAGAAAUUCAAUAUGAGAGAUUUUGGAGCAUGUCGGUUUGCUGAAAAUCUGGUGUUCAAUUCCACAUUGACCUAUUUGAACCUCAGCUGGUAAGCCAUCUGUAGAUGAUAUUAACAAGCAUUUCUUAACAAUUAUGCAAGAGAAGGUGAUAUUUUUACUUUUCAGAGUGAAUAAAAUAAGAAUCUUUCAUUGAUCCAAAUAAAUUGAAAUUUUUUUUUUUUCAAUUGCAUUGAACUACUCAUUUUCAGUACAUAAAUAAAUACAGAUUUUUUAACCAAGACAACUUAUUACAAUUCAAAAAAUUUCUCAAGUGUAGAAAUCAGCCAUCAAUGAACUCCCUUAGUGACAACAAUGACUUAAUUAGUGAUCAUAAAGAUUUUGUAAUUCACAAGUUUUUCCAUUUUCUUAAUGCUAGUAUCAUUUCUUUAAGAGGUCCUGACAAUUAAAAUCAAAUGACAAAAUAUAAAAUACUUUGAAAUAUAUGUUAAUUUUCACAGUUACUAAAGAGAAAGGAAAGGCAUAUGCAAAAAAAAAAAAGAAAGAUGCAUAUGAAUCUGAUAAAAAUGCCACAUAAAAUUUAUUUAGCGUAGAGUAAGCAUGUGUUAGUGGUUUUGGCAGGUUACUCCUAAGACGUGGCGAAAAAAUGGGGGUGAUCCCAUAAGCAGUGCUAAAAGCUGUGAGCAAGAAAACAUUUUAUUUCUGUCCUUGUGGGAGAUGCUGUCAGUUGAACUCACACUACCUUCGUGUUUCUGGGUCCUUGCUCAAUGUAAUUUUUUAAAAGAUGAAAUGUAGAAAUUUAACUUCUGAGAUCGUUUUUUUUCGAAGUUAACACUCUUCCCCCCAAUUAAAUAUUGUUUUAGAAAAUCAACCUUUGAGUUUUUUUCAGAGCCAAUGUUUAAUUCAUUUAAUCAAUAAAUAUAGUAUAAAAUGACAUCAUAAAAAAAAUAGAUUCAUGCCAGAAUGGACCGAUUAUAAAAAUUUAAGCUGCUUUAAGUAAACUGUCAAAUACGGAAAUUAUAGCCUAGUUCAAAACAUUCUUCCCUGAAUAUUUGCUGUUCUUUUUUUUUUCAACCCAGCAACAGAAUAACAAGGGAUGGCAUAAAGGAACUAGCCAAAGUCUUGAAGCUGAACACGCCAUUGAAGAUACUGGACCUGAGCUUCAACAGAUUGGAGGAUGAUGGGGCCAUGCACCUGGCUGAGGCUAUUGGAACCUACAACACAACUCUGGAAUGGUACACUUUACCUGUCCUGAUCUUUAACAGGUUUUAUCUCCCCGCUUCACCUUCUCUCCUCCCCCCCCCCCCCUGAAUGGUAAACUUUACCUGUCCUGAUCUUUAACCGGUUUUAUCUCCCCCCUUCACCUUCUCCCCCCCCCCCCCCCCCUCUGUUCAAUGCAUGGGCUUUACAAGAGUCAGGGACUGCUUUGUAAAACUUUUUCUUUUGCAUUGUUUGCAUUGUGUGGAAUACAUGUUUGCAUUGUGUGGAAUACAUGUUUGCAUUGUGUGGAAUACAUGUUUGCAUUGUGUGGAAUACAUGUUUGCAUUGUGUGGAAUACAUGUUUUCAUGUUGUUGUUUUUUUUCAUUCUUUUGUAAGAAAGCCAUUCUUUUUAACUACGGUAUAUUAUUAUUUGAGCUGCCUGCACUCAUUAUAACAGGGGUCUCAAACCUGCACGCCAUGCCCACAUGCAGUCUUCCAUGACUUGACCUGUUCCCUCAAAGUUAAGAGACAACACUUAAUUUGAUAAUGAUGUGUUGAGAGUUGCUAUACUGAUUUUGAUACUCCUGCAUGAGAUGAAUAGUGUAUUUCUGCAUUUUAGUAUAAAUUAUUGUGGUUUCUUAUUGUAACUAAUUUUUUUUCAGCCUGAACAUCGUCUCCAACAAGAUUGGUCCUAAAGGCUUGUGCAGUAUAGCUGACUGCUUGAACUACAACUCAACACUCACAUCUCUUUUCAUAUGGGGCAAUGAGUUUGAUGAUUCUGUCUGCAUGGUCAGUAAAUGUUAUGUAGUAACAAAUGAGCGCCUUUGGCCCAGUGAUUACUAAAGUUAUGAUUAUAUGUGCAUGGUCAGUAAAUGUUAUGUAUUAACAAAUGAGCGCCUUACUAUAGUUAUGAUUAUAUGUGCAUGGUCAGUAAAUGUUAUGCAUCAACAAAUGAGUACCUUUGGCUGAAUUAUUAAUAAAGUUAUGAUUAUAUGUGCAUGAUCAGUGUAUGCCUUGUACCGGUAUCAUGUACCAGUAUCAAAAAAAUGAGCACCUUUGGCUCAAUGAUUACUAAUGUUAUGCUUAUAUGUGCAUGGUCAGUAAAUGUUAUGUAUCACCAAACGAUCACCUUUGGCGCAAUGAUUACUAAUGUUUUAAUUAUAUGUGCAUGGUUAGUAAAUGUUAAGUACCCGGUAUUAACAAAUUAGCACUUUUGGCCCAGUGGUUUAAAAUGUUAUAUGAUUAUAUGUGAAAAAUCUGUAAAUGUUAUAUGUAAACAAAGAAUCACCUAUUUUAAUCCAAUGAUUACAAAUAUUAUGAUUAUAUGUGCAUGGUCUAAAUAUGUUUUGUACCGGUAUUAACAAAUAAGUUAAAAUAAUCCCCUUUGGCCCAAUGAUUACAAAAGUUAUGACUAUUUGUCUGUGGUCCAUACAUGUUUUGUUGGUAAAACUCCGAUAUAGCGUCGGAAAUUACAUACUUAGAUAGACGGCACGCACUACCAUACCAGAAAUACUUUAGCAGAUCACAGGAAGUUUCUACGUUUAAAGAAAUUUCAAUCCACAAUGGCAGGAAGAACACGAGAGUCAAAUAUUAUUGUACCACCUAACAAAAUACUGAGUAAAAAGGACAUCUUAAAUGAAGUGUGGUGAUUGUCGACGCUUUCACCACACUGGCAACGACCUGAUUCGGCAUUACUGUGUGCCUGCUGCAAUUUGAUUGGCAACUAAGUAUCCAUUGAAAUAUUCAACCAGCCGUGCACAUUGAAUUGUUACCAGCAAGGAAUUCACAGUAGGAGAUUGUAACCCACUGGGUCUUUGGUGGGAUCGAGGGCAGAAGUGCUUCUUGUUGAAAGUGCCAGAUAGGCGCGCAGACAUGCUAAAACCCUGCAUAGAAGCUCACAUCAGGCCAGGGACACACAUUGUUUCCGAUGGCUGGGCUGCAUACGCACACAUAGAUCAAAACGGACAUGGAAUAUGUGAGCAUUCUGUUGUUGCUCACGAACGUAAUUUUGUGGAUCCUGAUGACAGCGAAGUGCAUACCCAGCACAUCGAAAACAUGUGGAUGAGAGUGAAGCGGAAGUUGAGAAGACAAUUUGGAACUAGUCGUGCAUUGUUUCCGUCAUAUCUGCAAGAAUUUGUCUAUCGUAUCCAGUUUCGGUGCACAGACAUGUUUCCGAAUUUCCUGAUAACUCUUGUCGAUAACUAUCUGUGAUUAGACAGUCUGUUGUGGUUCAGAGCAGAAUGGUGCUUAAAAUAAACUUGAAACUGGGUUUACUACAGCUUUUUUGGGUCUAUUUUAAUGUUAUUAAUUACCGACGCUAUAUCAGAGUUCUACCGUUUUGUAUUAUUAAUAAACACUCUUGGUCCAGUUAAUAUAAAAAACAGUUGUCUUGUAUAAUGGGAAACUUUUGAUUUAUAGAUCCUUAUUAGAUCUUUUGUUUCUUCUUUGGUGUCCAGGCUUUUGCUGAGCAUCUUCACAGUGAAAGGCUCCAGGAACAAAACUGUGACAUUCACACAUAUGUGGUUGAUGGAAAGGUUUACCUCAGCCAGACGGGCUACAUCCUGAGGCGCCACUACUACUACGCCCCUAUCUUUGGGGAUGAUGUGCCAGAGUGGCAGAUAAGGGGAGAGCAUCCCAAAAGGGCAGACCACAGUGUCGUCAUCAUUAAUCAAGAAGAGGAGGGCUGCUCCAUGUGAAAUGUGGACCAUCCUUUUUUUCUCUAAGGCGUGAGAGGGCAGAUAGUGUGCUGAAGAACUGGAGCUGAUAAUCAACUGAUAUAGCAUUAACAUUUGGGUAAAAGGGGGUGAGGGGGGCAUAGCCAUUAGAAAAUUAAAGUAUAGCCAAAAAUAAUCAAUUUAAAAAACUUCAAAAAUUAGAAAGAAAUUAGUUUUUUUGCAGCUAAUGUGUUAUAUUUUUAUUAAACCUUAUUCAUUUUCUGAUGCAUUUUUCCUUAAUUCAUUAACAUUAAUUAAUAUUUAGCAGCUUAAAAAAAUAUUUACAAAUGUAAAUCAAUUGCAAAACGGAUUUGCUUCCAUUUCUCAGGUAUAAAAAAUUAAGUAUGGAUGCUGUAACUUGUAAGGAAUGAGUUAUUUGUUGUUUCAAUUUAAUUUUUCACCUGACUGAUAGCAUGCUGAUUUUUUUAAAUUUUAAUCAUCAAAAAAAAUUCUACUCAUUCAAAAAAAGGACAGGGCAAGAGUAAGAGGAAAAAUUCUGAACCAUGACAAAAUUUGGUAGCCAUUUGUUUUAACAUGUAUUUGGAGAUGAAGUAUUAUUGCUAUGUAUGAGACUGUCCUUUAGUUUGUUUUUCAAUGUGCAAGGGCGCCUUUAGUAAAAAAAAAAUAAAUAAUAAAAAUAAUUUUUUUUAAAAAGAUUUAUCAAGAGCCACUAUAGUUUAACUAAUUAAGACCUUGGGUGUAUAAAACUUGAUGAUUUCACAACUUUUUGAUUAGGGCCAUGACUAGGAAUUAGUAGGAAGAGCUUAUCCUUUUCUUCUUAUUAUUAUUAUGUUAUUCAGCUGCUUUACACAUUUUUAUCAUUUCUAUUUCAUUGUCCAUACAGUUUUUUAAAUAACAUAUGCAUUCAAGCUGCCUGUGAUAGUUUCCAUAUACUUAUAUACAAAUGUCAUUGUUAAAAAUUUUGAAUUUGAACACAGUGUGGCCUUCAUUUUAGAGAUAAACAAAGACUUUUUCUGAUUCUAUGAAGUAAUAUGGCUCAUUAAAAAAAGUUAUGCAUCAUAACAUACCCACUUGUACAUAUUUGUGCAAUGAAAUCUGCAUGGCCUUUAACAAGAUUAAAUUAUUGAUGCU